AUGCCCACCUUUGAAAGAUACAAAGGUUUGUUUGACCCAAUUGAUCACCUGGAUAAUUUUAAAAUGUUGAUGCAGUUGCAAGGGGCUCCAGACGCCAUCAUGUGUCGAGCUUUAACAACCACCCUUAAGGGUACUGCUAGAGACUGGUAUCGAACUCUUCGAUUAGGAUCCAUUGGUUCCUUCCAAGAGAUGGAACAAAUGUUCACCGGCCACUUCCUUAGUAGCCGGAAAAUUGCUAAAACAACGGGCCAUCUCAUGAGUAUGGUGCAAGGGGAGCAGGAGACUCUAAAGAACUUCAUGCAUCGAUUCAACAUAGCGACCCUAGAAAUCCGCAACUUAGACAUGGGGGUGGCUUUGGCCGCCUUGACAACGGCUCUCCAACCCGAAAGCUUCUUAUACUCCCUAGGGAAAAAGCCGCCGGUGGAUAUGGGGGAGCUAAUGAUCCGAGCAGAGAAAUACAUAAACCUGGAGGAGAUGAUGGAUAUGAGAGGAAGUCGCAUAGAGCGGAAAAGGAAAAACAAUAGCAGAGAAUUUGGAGACUCCUAUAGAUUCGUAAAAAGGCAUCAAACUAGUGCGCUGCAUACGGGCCCAAAGAUGAGAGGACAGCAUAACAAGUUCUCCACCUACACACCCCUGAAUGUACCGCACUCGGAGUUACUGAUGCAGAUAAGAAAGAAGGACUACAUCUCGUGGCCUAAACCUAUGCGAACGCCUCUACACAAGCGGAACAUGUCCAAGUUUUGCACAUUCCAUAGAGAUCAUGGCCACGACACACAAGAAUGCAUUCAGUUGAAGAAAGAAAUCGAAGUCCUAAUAAGAAGGGGACACCUGUCGAAGUUUAUAAAGAAAGAAAAUCCACAAAGGGAACCACUCGAGUAG